AAAACCCAGAAAAAUAGAGUCAUUCAUUCACGCGCCCAACAUUCGUACAACUGCCUGGUGAAGUUGGCAAAAGGGCAGAGGGCACUCACACUGAUUCUGUGUGUGUUACAGGCGAAGCCAUCCAGCUGGUUGAAGCCGGUGGCGUUCAGGAAACUCCGAGGCCGCUACCUGACCCAUCAGGAAGGCUUGCCCCGUCUUCCCGUUCCUCCUCUGCAACAGACCUUGGAUCGGUACCUCUUAGCCCUGGAGCCCAUCAUUAGCGACGAGGAGCUGAGCCACACCAAAGAGUUGGUGCAGGAGUUUCGGAAACCGGGCGGCGUCGGAGAGCGGUUGCAGAAGGGGCUGGAGAGGAGAGCUCGGAAGCAUGAGAAUUGGCUUUCAGAUUGGUGGCUGAAAACAGCGUAUCUGGACUAUCGGCUGCCGGUGGUCAUCCAUUCCAGUCCUGGUGUGGUGCUACCCAAACAAGAUUUCCUGGACCGGCAGGGACAGCUAAGGUUUGCGGCCAAGAUGAUCGAGGGGGCGUUGGACUUUAAGACCAUGAUUGACAAUGAAACUCUACCUGUGGAAUAUCUCGGUGGGAAACCUCUUUGCAUGAACCAGUAUUACCAGAUCCUCUCCUCCUGCCGCAUCCCGGGUCCCAAACGAGACUCGGUGGUGAACUAUGCGAAGGGGAAGAAAUCUCCCACCCACAUCACCGUGGUCCACAAUUUCCAGUUCUUUCAGCUGGACGUUUACAGCAGCGACGGAAGCCCCCUGACCACCGAUCAGAUCUUCAUCCAGCUGGAGAAGAUCUGGAACACGUCCCUUCAAACCAACAAGGAGCCGAUCGGAAUUUUGACCAGCAACCAUCGGAACAGUUGGGCCAAAGCCUACAACAACCUCAUCAAAGAUAAGACGAACAAGGAGUCUGUGCGCACCAUUGAAAAGAGCAUCUUCACCGUCUGUUUGGACGCCCCGAUGCCCCGGGUCUCGGAUGACGUCUAUAGGAGUCGAGUGGCCGCCCAGAUGUUGCACGGUGCAGGAAGCCGUUGGAACAGCGGAAACCGCUGGUUUGACAAAACCCUCCAGUUCAUUGUAGCUGAAGAUGGCUCCUGUGGGUUGGUGUACGAACACGCGCCCUCCGAGGGUCCCCCAAUUGUCGCCCUGCUGGAUCACAUCGUGGAGUACACAAAGAAGCCAGAGCUGGUAAGAUCCCCCAUGAUUCCUCUACCGAUGCCGAAGAAAUUGCGGUUUAAUAUCACCCCAGAAAUCAAGAACGACAUUGAGGAGGCCAAACAGAACCUCAACAUCAUGGUGCAAGAUUUGGAUAUAAAAGUAAUCGUGUUCCAUCACUUCGGGAAGAACUUCCCCAAAUCGGAGAAGAUCAGUCCAGAUGCUUUUAUUCAAGUCGCUUUGCAGUUGGCUUAUCACAGGUCUGUUCUGACAGUGGCCCGCCUGGUGGGAUCAGAGCUAGCAGUGAUUGCUAAGGAAGGAGAUCUUGGAGUAACGGGAAACGGUUCAGUGAAGGCAAUUAGAGGAAAUGCAAUUGAUCGUCACCUUUUGGGGCUGAAACUUCAAGCUAUCGAGGAUCUGGUGAGCAUCCCUGAACUCUUCAUGGAUACUGCGUACGCGGUGGCCAUGCAUUUCAAUCUGUCCACCAGCCAGGUCCCCGCCAAGACAGACUGCGUGAUGUGUUUCGGCCCAGUCGUGCCAGACGGUUAUGGCAUUUGCUACAACCCCAUGGAGGAGCACAUCAACUUUGCCAUCUCUGCCUUCAACAGCUGUAGCGAAACCAACACUGCCCGAAUGGCCCAUUAUUUGGAACAGGCACUGCUGGACAUGCGUCUGCUGCUCCAGUCCAACCCCAAGUCCAAACUUUAAGAGGGGAGGGAGAGGAGCCAGCUACCUGUCAAAUGCAUGGUCACCUGGUGUGGGUUUCAACCACACCCUGGACUUCCCCCAGAGGGACGGAAGACUUUCUUUGUGGCGUUGAGUGUCGGGGAUGGAAAUGAACUCCACCGCUCACCAGGGGCGCCUCGUCCAUUCCCCUACCUGCACACCUUUCCUCCGUUUGUCUGUGCCUUAGAGAAGUUUUAUAGGGGGGAUGGGGAGGAAGGCUUCUGAAUCAGAGGGAAUCUGGACCUUCCUCGGCUUGAUGCUAGGCUGAACAAGAGGCUCUUAGCUCAAAGUCUCCAGAGAGUUUUGGCCUGUGAUUCGUACAAUGUUUGCUGUCUAUCUGAAUUUACAAGUCAGUUUCACAGCAUCCAUCAGUAUGAUGGGUUUACUGCUAGAGCUGUUUUAUUGUUUGAUGAUGAAGAUUGCUUCUCCUUUCCCUUCCCUUCCCUUCCCUUCUUUCGACCCUACCCUACAUGUUUGGCCCAUUCCACCAACAAGUGUUUGGAUAUUUUCUGUUUUUGUUGUUGGCUGAUGUCAGUCUUGGCAUUCUGAAGGCUUAAGACAGUAUGUAGACAUUCAGCCAGUCCACACGUCUUGCAGAGUUGCCGAAAGCAUCUGAUCAUCUUCUUCGCAAUUGCAUGGUGAGUGUCUGUCAAGGAGUGUUGAAUGCUAUUCUUCCAUUCUUCGUUCUUCCCCAGUUACCACAGCUCUGGUUCCAGAGUGAAGGCCAAAUUAAAGGUGCAGGUAUGGUCUCUUCUGAUGGAAGGAACUUCCUCUUCCCAUCCCAUCAUAACUGCUUUGCAAAGAUCAGGCAUUUCUGAGAAUCUCGUUUUGUCUUUGCUCUAUUUAGAGAUGUCCAUGCUGCUCAGCCAUAGAUUAGCUUCGAGACUGUGAUGGAUGUUUGCGGAGAUAACAUUUCAUCUUCCAAUCCGGAGUCCAGUAGAUGUGUUGGAUUGCCGUGAUCCUCAUUUGCAGCCAAAUAGCUAUGGAUGAGAGAGGCUGUUGUCCAGUACAUCUGAAAGCCAUUGAGUUAAGGGCAGGAGAAAUACAGGUAAUCCUCACUUAACAACCACAAUAGGGACAGGAAAAUUGGUCAUUAAGCAAGUCACCACAUGACCAG